AUGGGAGUGAAGGUUGACGGUCGGCAGCUGCACUUUGCUGAUGACAUCGUUCUGACAACAUCUAGAAUCAGCCAAGCGGAACGAAUGCUACCCGAAUUGAACGAAACAUGUAGUUGCAUCGAUCUUCAGCUGAGUCUGCAGAAGACGAUGCUCACGCGUAACGGAUGUCUCUCGGAUGCGCAAUUCACGCUUAACGGAAUGAACAUAUCCGAAUGCACCAGCUACGUGUAUCUGGGUCGGAAAAUAAACAUGAAGAACGAUAUGACACCCGAGGUGGGCAGGAGGAAAUGA